CGGCCGCAGUGAAGGAAGAAAAGAAAAGAAAGGGUCGACUAUGCCGGGCCGGGAGCGGCGCUGAGGCGGCGGGUCUUCUCAGACGUCGGAAGCUGUGGAGUCAAGUCAGUCUCCUCACGGGCAACGAUGAAGGAUCUGGAAGCCGAGUACUCGGCCCCCGGGGAAGAAGACGUCCAGCUCUUCAGGUUGUUGAACCUCUACCUCGAACGCGAACCCCGAUUCCAGCCGAGAGAAAAAGGACUGAGUUUGAUUGAGGCUACACCGGAGAAUGAUAACACUUUGUGUCCAAGAUUGAGAAAUGCCAAAGUAGAAGAUUUAAGGAGUUUAACCAACUUUUUUGGAUCUUGUACUGAAACUUUUGUCCUGGCUGUCAAUAUUUUGGACAGAUUCUUGGCGCUUAUGAAGGUGAAACCUAAACAUUUAUCUUGCAUUGGAGUUUGUUGCUUCUUGCUGUCUGCUAGAAUAGUUGAAGAAGAACGCAAUGUUCCUUCUACUCAUGAUAUAAUCCGGAUUAGUCAGUGUAAAUGCACUGCUUCAGACAUAAAACGAAUGGAAAAGAUAAUUUCAGAAAAGUUGCACUACGAAUUGGAAGCUACUACUGCCUUAAACUUUUUGCACUUAUACCAUACUAUUGUAUUUUGUCAUACUUCAGAAAGGAAAGAAAUUCUGAGCCUUGAUAAACUAGAAGCUCAACUGAAAGCUUGCAACUGCCGACUUACCUUCUCAAAAGCAAAACCAUCUGUAUUAGCUUUGUGCCUUCUCAAUUUGGAAGUAGAAACUUCGAAAUGCAUUGAAUUACUGGAAAUUCUCUUGCUUGUUCAAAAACAUUCCAAGGUUAAUGACACUGAAUUCAUUUACUGGAAGGAAUUAGUUUCUAAAUGCCUAGUGGAAUAUUCUUCUCCGGAAUGUUGCAAACCAGAUCAUAAGAAAUUAGUAUGGAUUGUUUCAAGGCGCACGGCCCAGAACCUCCACAAUAGCUACUAUAGUGUUCCUGAGCUGCCAACAAUACCAGAGGGGAAUCAUUUUGAUGAAAGUGAAAGUGAGGACUCUUGUGAAGAUAUGAGCUGCGGAGAGGAUAGUCUCAGCAGUUCUCCCAGUGAUCAAGAGUGUACCUUUUUUUUCAACUUCAAAGUGUCACAGGCACUCUGUUUCCCAUCUUAGGAACCUAGCAGUUUGGUGUGUGUACAGGUUUCAAAGCAAUAACUGAGCAAGUGGGUAGUUUUCUGGUCUAGCCUCUGUCUAGGCAGAGUUGUAUAGACUGGGAAACCUAUUAUUCAGAUCAAAUCUGGCCUAUUUUCAUAUUUAAUCCUAAGCCAUCAAAUGGGUUAGUGCCUCUUAAACAAUACUUUAGACAUUGGCACUUUAUUUUUCUUGUUGACUUGUAGCUACUUGGGGAGGAGGGAAGGUACCCAAUAUCGUCAGUUUAUUAUGUUUCAAGAUGAUUUUUUUCUCUAUAACUUAAAUUUUUUUAUAAAGCCUUCAGUGUAUUUAUUUAAACAGAUUGGGUGUGUGCAAGUGCUUCCUUUCCCCAUGCAGGGACAUCAGAUAAUUCUUAAACGGUUUAUCUUAACUGAUCAUCCUCGCCUACUCUUAGAAAAGAGAGUAUUUGCUUAAAUGUCAUAUCUUUUUUUUAUGAUGGUCAAUGUACUAUCUGAUGCAGACUAAAAACAGGAAUUUUAAUAGUGACAUUUCUGUAAAGUUUAGAAUAUAAUGUCUUUAGUUGAGAUCUCUGCUAAAGCUGGAAUGAUAAACAGACUAGGGUUGUUAGAUAGUUGCAUUCUUAAUGUGUAAUAAUAGUAGUAUUAUUUUCAUGUUAUUAAAACAGUCCAUAAAAACUGCUAGUUUUGCAUGCACCUGUAUGAAUGAAGUGUGGGAAGAUGGACAGAACUAGAUAACUAUGGAAUUGAUAAAUGUUAAUCUUACUCUAAUUUUCUUAUAUUAAUUGUCUGCAUGGUUAGAUUAUGUUGUAUUUCCUUUUAAUUUACAUUUCAAAAAUGAUGGAAUUUAGCAGAUGGGUGCCAAGAAAGAAUAUGAAGUUUUAAAGAAAACUUAAGUGUUUGUAUUGUAGCAUUAUAGUGUUAAGUAUAUCUCUGUGGUGAAAUAGCCAUAGACUAGGGACUGUAAACUCUGUACACAUGAAAUUUUGUACAGAGAACUUUUUUAAUUUUAUAAAAUGUAUAUGAAAAUGUAAAAAAAUGUACAUAAAAAUGCUGUAUUUUUUUACUUUGUGUGAUAGUCUAGCCAUUGCAUGUAAAUAUAACUUAUUGUGUAUUCUGUAUCAUACAUUAAUGACUUUUGCUGGUUGUUUUCUGAAAUGAAUCUUUCGGGCAUAAUUGUACUCAAUAAAAAUAUUAAUGAAUUGUA